UCCUCGGGAACAAUAAUACCAUAUAAUAUUGUUGUCGCACAGGUCAGUUAUGUAUCCAUUCAUGUAAUUAACACAAAAAGUAAAACAGUAAUAAGAUAGUCAUUUUUCUUAAAACAGUAAUAAAAUGUUAUUUGGCCUUUGAUUAAUUUAUUUUUAAAUCAUUUUACCGCCACGUCAAAUGCCAGGUGUUCAUUUUCAAACCAUGCGUAUACAGUGUGAUUAUGAGGCAUGGCGAGUACGCUCUAGCAGCUGCAGAUGAGCGUCUGGACCACGUUUCUGGCGAUGGCCGCCGUUGCGGUCGUCACAGUCGCCGGUAAUUACCCAACGUUCGAAGGCGCCGUUGAGUUUAGGGACAACUUGAUGGUGCCAGCCGGUGCACCCGUCGGGUCACUCAUCUAUCGAUUAAGGGCUUCCGAUCACGACAAGGAUUAUCCACUGUAUUUCCAAGCCACCGAUUUUGGCAGUUAUGUGAUAAGAAUUGAAAAUCUUCCGUGUCCCCCAAACACCACGAUCGGUUGUCAGGCAGAUGUGUAUUUGGAUCGAGUUCUGAUUCCAGGUCAGACAUUUCAAUUCAGGAUAACGGUGCGGGAUACUAGAGGAGAUACCACUACAGUGCCAGUUCGAUUGGUGGCCACCGAAGCUCGGAGUGACGUCGAAACGAUAUUUCCUCACAUUCCUGCAAUCAUUAUCGUGCCCGAGGAUGUCAAAGUCAACACUGAAUUAGAAUACGUGAUCGUCAAGAAAAAUAUGGAAUCGCGGAAGUCGGCCAGUAUUGAGCUAAGGGGAUCUUCGGAAUUGACCAUAGGUCGGUUGCGUAUGAACAAGGACACGACCACCGGUACGAUAUCGGUGUCCCGGCCGUUGGACUUCGAGACCAGGAACAUGUACCGAUUGCAAGUGGUCGCGUUGGACAUGUACGUGGAGAUCGGCAAAGAUUCCAGAAACGCGGCGGCGUUCGAGGUCAUCGUGGUCGUGGAAGACGUGCAAGACACGCCGCCGAUAUUCACCCGACUCGAAACAAUAGUGCAUCUGCAUAACAACAUGUCCAUUGGAGACGUUGUGACAAAAGUAGAGGCAAUCGACGGCGAUAGGGGUCGACCUCGGCGAAUUAAAUACGGUUUGGUGUCGGAAAAUAGGCCUUUCACCGUGUUGUUCGAAAUAGGUCUAUUCACAGGCGAGGUAAAAUUGAAGAGAUCUAUGUCAGAGCUGACUAAAAUAAGCGGUGGGAAACAGCCAGCCAUAUUGACCGUGAUAGCCGAUGAAGAAGUGACUGAGAUCGGAGAGCCUGCAGCCAUGUCCACCCUGGCCGACAUAGUGAUUAUGCUUGAAGACAAGGUCGAUCGUCCACCGUACUUCCACAAUGCAAAUUACGCUUGUCGCUUGAACGAGAAUAGCGGUCAGGGAACGACAUUGGCGUUCACAGAAGGCUAUGUGUUGCAAGUGCACGAUGACAGUACGGGCAAGGAGUCUGUAUACGCGUUGACUUUGGAAAAUAAUAACGGAACUUUUGAAGUGACGCCCGCCGUGAUUGACAGUCGUGGCCGGUUCACUUUUAUGGUGCGCAACAAUCAUCUGCUGGACUUCGAAAGUACCCGGUCGGUCCGUUUUGAGGUGUUGGCGUCCGAGCUGUCCGUGCACGGCGAUCACACGAACCGCACUCGGACUUCAGCCAAGGCGUCUGUGGUUGUGUACUUGGACGACGUCAACGACAACGUCCCGCGAUUCACCGGUGCUGCAUACGACGUCCAACUGCCCGAGAACGCCACGGCCGGUGUCCGCGUGACUACCGUCGAGGCCGUGGAUCCGGACACAGGACCGUUUGGCAGCAUCCGGUACACGGCCGUGUUGGGUUUCAAGAACUCGUCGUUGGUGCUCGAUCCGAUCACUGGCGUUAUCGUAGUGUCUAACGACAAUCACGGGUUCGACCGAGAAGAAUCCGCGGAGUACAGAUUAACUGUGGAAGCUCGUGACAUGGAUGGAAGUGGUUUGGCUACAACCGUGCCGCUCAAUAUACACGUAUUGGACAUAAACGAUGAAACGCCAGUUUUCCAGGAUACACCGAUCCAAUUUGUUUUGACACAAGAUAUGCGUAACUUCACAGAACGAGCUUUUAUCAAGGCUAUUGACAAAGACGCAGAAGCCCCGAACAACGUAGUGCGUUACGAGAUAAUAAACGGCAACUACAACAAUCGCUUCACCCUGAAUCCAGAAACCGGUGAACUGUUCAUAUCCAGCGAUUUGUACGAUACAAGUCGAACUAGAAGAGACUCGGCAAACAGCGCGUUCAAUGUACUCACAGUCAGGGCUUAUGAUUUAGGCGUCCCCCAUCGGUGGUCUACGACACAAGUGAGAAUUUAUCCACCGUCGUCUGGUGCUAGACAAAUGACGUUUCUUAUCCCUGCUUCGAUGGAUUUUGCGGCCAUGCACAAUUUGUUAGAACGCCUGACGGGCGGUAAAGUGACCAUUAAUUCGAUAAAGCCCAACUAUGAACACGCCCAACGACCAACUGCCAAUGCAGACAAAAAUAUUGUGACCGCCACCGUUGCAUACAAUACGAAUACUGUAAUCGACGUCGAUGAAUUCCGCAAACACUUAGUUCAAUGUAGCAAUGAAGUACAAAUGGCCCAAGUAGAUUACCGCAACGAUAAAAAUCUGUCUUUCUGGUUGAAUUUAUUAUUAUUGUUAGCCAUAUUGUUGGCGGCCUUAUCAUUGUUGUUUUGUUGUUGUUAUCAACAAUAUCUUCGAUUUAUUCACAAUAAGUUACACCACGUCGACUGUAUAAAAAACAAAGGUAUCCAAGCGCCUUCUCCGAGUUAUAGUAAAUCGGCCGAAAACGAUCCUCAACAUAAGGUGUAUAUUUUGAGCGAAAAACCGGUAACUCCUAUCCGAAUAGCAAAAAGAACAAGGACAAUGGUGAUACCAAAUAUGAUUAGGAAAAAAGCGAGCGCAGAGUCAUUGCUCUUAGAGGACGUUGAAGGCAACGAAUAUAGGAUCAUAGACAAACGGAGGUCUUGGUCCGACGAGACAACCGACCAGAGACAAGAAAUGUUUUUCAAACAAGGCAACGCAGAAAUUUUACGUAUAAUGUCUAAUGAUUCUUUGGAAGUAAUGGACUCAGCAUCCAAUAUGGGCGGAUUUAAUGCGUUUGACGAAUUAGCCGGUAAAAAAGUAAUUAUGAACAAGUUUUUGAAUAGUCAGCCGGACGAGAUCGAGGUUAAAGAUCAACAUAAUGAAAUCGUCAAAGGAAAUGUAGAGAAAACGCAACUCGAAGAAGUAAAAAAAGAAGAUAUUGAAGAAGAACAAAAGAAAAUGACUGCAUUUCAAAGGGACGUGUUAUUAACCAAGUUUUUGGCGGAGGAACAACAAAAGUUAAUGACAAAACUGGAGACGAGGAGUUUGCCGGGAGCUAAUAUGGCCACGCAGACGGAGAUGCACGCGGGAACACAGACGACUAGAUCGUGUUUGCGGGUCAGCGGUGGUAACCGCAGAUGGAGUUACGACGAACGUGAGUGUUCUGAGUUCCGCUGCCGCAUCGUCAUCCAGCAUGCCUCGCGAAAGUGGUAUUCAGACAGUCCGAUCAUAGAGGAUGGCAGCAGUUCGGGCGCCAGCAGCGGCUUGCGGUCAUCGUUGGCCGGACGCGGAGCCGGGUCGGGAUCGGUAGCAGGUGGAUCGGGAUCGGUGGCUGGAGGGUCUGGUGCGGGAGCGGGAACGGGGCCGGCGCGGCGGCGACUGUUCGCCACGUCUUCGGCGUCGUCUGCGUUGUCUGCGGACGUGGCGGACGCGGAAAAGCGCAAGUCCCGGUCCUAUUCCAGUAUUCGGGAACUUGACCUGGACAGGCAGUUGCAGUACAUGACGCCAUCACUCAGGUCCCGGGCCUUGGCCCGACGACGGUUGUCUACGUCGUUGCCGCCGCACGGCUACAGGGCACCGUGCAGGUCCAUGCAAAUGUUGGAGAAGAAAAGCGUGUUCACCAUAGCGUACGGCGACGUGGCCACGCAAAAGAUCAACUGUAGCGCCGACUCGUCCUCCAACAAUUGGGAAUGAUUUUGACUUUCCCGCUCCGAUCGCCGUUUAUAAGCUGUAGAUAUUAUAUGUCACUGUGACGACGCUAAAAUAUUAUACAAUCGCGACCAAAAAUCAGUAUAUAAUAAAUUAUAACUGUUAUUUUAUAUCAUUAUUCGA